AUGUCAACCUUGGAAGGCGAUGCACUGCACGAAUACCUUUGUCGCGAAGUAAAAAACAUCUGCGAUGCUGAACCAGAUUUGGUUGCGCGUUAUAUCUCUGCCUUGAUCUCUUCUGGUGAUUCACCUGCCAAGCUGCGACAGAUACUAGAAGAAAAGCUAAGAGAAUUUUUUGACGAUCAAACGGUGCCCUUCAUCAAUCGGCUAUUCAAAGAAUUGGGAUACGACAGUGCUGCGACGAGAGAAGGACGAGCCGAGGAACAUCAUUCACGUCGAAGAUUGAGCGACUAUUCGGAUGAGGAGGAUGAUAGCGACCGCAACUUUAAACAUCGUCGACCACGCUACAGCUCACGAGAGGAUUCUCGGCAUAUGCGGCAUUCGGAUGAUCGCUAUUCACGUCGUCGAUAUGGUGACAACAAUAAUGGAUAUGGAAACAACAACAAUCGUUAUCGUGAAGAAGGAUAUCGCAAUAAUCGAGAUGAUCAUCAUCAUUACAGCAGCUCAUCCAUGUAUCAAAGUCGGCAUGAUAAUCGAGAACGAGGUCGUAGUUCCCGACGUGAAAUUGGUCGAUCUGGAAAACCAUUGUGUCGCGAUUAUAAUGAAAAAGGAUUCUGCAUGCGAGGAGACAUGUGCCCUUAUGACCAUGGAGAUGACCGAAUUGUUGUGGAUGAUGGAUCAUUCAACACUCCUUUCCCUCCAAUGAGCCAGCAACAACCAGCACCAGCAGCAGCACCACCAUUCUUUGGUAUGCCCAAUACAUUUGAUCCCUAUGAUCCUGAGAGUGCAACAUUAAUGCCAAAUGGUUCAUUCCCUAUGGACAUGCCACCCAUGAUGGCUCCAAUGGAUAAUGUCGACAAUCGUAUGUUUGCAACACCGCGUGGACGAGGACGUGGAUUAGGUGGACGUGGACGAGGACGAGGACGAGGUGGAAUGGGAGGUGGUUACAGACCUUUUGGUGAACGACAACAGCCUUCAACUUUGGUAGUGGAGAACAUCCCUGCUGAGCAUUGUGACAUUUCCAAAGUGAACGAGUUUUUCAAAAAGUUUGGAUCCAUCACCAAUAUCAGCGUCCAAGGACAUGCACACAAAGCUAUCAUUCAAUUCUCAACAAACGCUGAAGCAAAGGCAGCAUACAAUUCUCCAGAUGCUAUUUUUGAUAAUCGUUUCGUCAAAGUGUAUUGGCACAAGGAAAAUGAUGAAGAUAGCAAACCACCAAAACAAAUGUCUCCUGCACCUACUACUACGUCAGCUCCAACGUCAGUAUCAGCCCCAGAUGUUCCUGCUACAGCAUCAUCAUCAUCUUCUUCAGCAUCAGCAGCAGCUGCAACAGCAACAGGAGCUCCUGCACCUUCAACGACACCAUCCACUUCUACUUUAGGCGACAAUUCCCAUGAGCUUAACCCAUCAGUUAAACGUCCCAAUGACCCUGAUCCGGAAGAGGUGGCUGCACGAGCUGCUGAACUUGCCAAGAUACGAGAAGAGAAGCAAAAGAAGCAUCAAGAACGUAUGAAGGCUAUCCUUGAAGUACAGAGACAACGAGAGCAAUUGUUGCAGAAACAAAUUGCUGAGCAGAAGCGAUUGAUGGAGAAGCUAUCAAACAAGAAUAUGACUCACGAGGAGAAGAAAGAGUUACUUGGUGCCUUGCGUAAGAUUGCAACUGAUAUCGAUUCAACAAGAUCCAAGGCAUCAGAGGAUAAUCAAAAUACGUCCACAGAAGACCUUCAGGCCAAACUUGCCAAAGUGGAAGCAGAGGCUGCAGCAUUGGGUAUUCCUGUACAUGGAUCAAGUGCUCCAACAACAUCUGGUCCUGGUGCAUAUUACGGAGGAGGAGGAAAAUGGCCAAAUCGUUCACGAUAUACGUUGGAUAAUCGACCCAAAAAGAUCCUUGUCAAGGAUGUUCCAGAGGAUGCAAAGGAUGACCUACGCACUCAUUUUAAUCAAUUUGGAACGAUUACCACCUUUGAAACGCAAGGGAGUGAUUUGAUUGUGCAAUAUGCCCAACGGUUUGAGGCGGAAAAGGCAAUGACGGCUGGCGCCAAAUCUUCUCAUGGAGAUCUUAAGCUUUCUUGGGCAACCAACGCUCCUAGUCAACCAGCACCACCAGCAACUGCAUCUCCAACAACAUCCACAAGCAACGAGGCAUAA